AUGCCGACGGUGCGGUCGCGCGGCCUUUCCGGGCCUCUGCUGCACGGGCUCAUUUGCUUCCGGAAUUCCUUCAGGGAGGACAUCACCACUCUGCGCCUUUUGCUCGAGAACGGCGCCCAGCCCAACGCCCUCGACUAUGGUGGUUGCAUUGCGCUGGAUGCUGGGAUGACCUUAGACCCGAGUCCCGCCUAUGUGGCCUGGCUGGAGCUGAUUCUUGCGUAUGGUGGGGUUGCAAGGGACUUUCGCGUGCUUGCGAUGUUAUACAAUGCGGGGAGUGUCCAUGGAAGGGGAGAUCGUGAUAAUGACGGCAAUGGUCUGAGAAACGGCUCGAGGCUAGUCCGCAAGGCGAUUGCCAACGGUACGGACGUGGUCCGCGCGCUGCGUUCCUUCGGGGAUCUUCUGCGAGACCCCGGUUGGGUAUGGGAAGAGCGUCAGGACUUCAGCACCGAACAGGUGUGCGAUCUGGUAGGCCUCGUGCCCGAACUUCUGGAUCUGGUCGAUGAGAAGGGUCAUAUCCCGAUGGACUAUAUAAUGAAGUACCGGCCCGCAGUUUUGCUGUAUCGAGAACAGAUCAAACACCCUCGCAUUGAGAAAAUGCGAGACACAUGGAUCACUAGGCAAGGAGGCAAGCGCUACUGUCAAAUUCGCAAUGCGCCGGAGCAGUGGGAGCACUUGGAGAGCCUGGAAGCCACAGAGCCUGGUCUUCAAAGUCUGCAGGAGGAAGCGGUUCAAUUGUCAUUUGAUUAUAUCAUGGAGUACAAGCCAGCGGUCGCGCUUUACACGGAGGUGAUCAAUCAUCCUCGGAUUGAUGACCUGGCCAACACAUGGAUCAUGAAGCGAGGGCGUGAGAUUUAUCAGGCGGCGCUCGACGGCCAUGCUUCGGCGGACGACCUUGGUUUGGCUUUCUUCCCCUAUGGCAUAAAGCCGCAAUACUAUGUGAAGUUUUACAUGUCCCGAGCAACUGUUCACUAUGCCUAG